CCCUGCAUGUACGUACGGCGGAUCGAUCGGCUCGUGUCUGUUUCGUUUCAAGUCACUCACUAAUAAUCCAUAGAUAUGUGUCUCACAGUGUGGAUCGGAUCCCAAGACAGACAGACAAGACCCACCCACUGUCAACACCCCAGCACCGUACCAUACGGACAUAAAAGAUACCGACAAGGACAGGCGGUCCCGAGUGCAGCGAGGGAGGCAUGGCAUACACACAGAGACAUUUCUAUACACACACACACACAUGGAUGCACGCACAGAUCAAGAGAUUUCCACUACCAAACACUUGUGAGUCCAGUCAAUGGCAAGGCACACAUAUACACGAAUUAGGUUUAGAUACAUACAUGUAUACACACACACAUACAUGCACACGCAUGCAGCGCACACCCAUAGAAAACCCGAACGUCUCCCUUCCCUCAUGCGGCCAAUCUAUCGACCAUUCGUGCCAGUCGUCUUGGUCUCCUCAAUUGCCGACAGCAGCUGCUGCGUCAGGUCCACCUGCUCCUGCGCAUUGUUCCUGGAAGCCGUCUCUGUCGACGUCUCGUUGUCUGGAACGAAGAAGUAUGUGACGUUGCCGAUGUUGUAGACAAAUGUGCCGUUGGUUUCGAAAAGCUGGCCCUCCAGCGCCUCGUACUCGGGCAGCGACACGAGUGCGGCCCGGCCGGCCGUCGUGUUGACCCCCAACCCCACCGGCGGCAGGGGCGAGCCCGUGUAGGCCUCGGGCACAUAGGGCGCCUCGUCGGGCGGCAGAAAGGCCAAUGUCAUGUUCUCAUCGUAGGCCGGCGGCAGACGCGACACGGGGGGCGGUGGGGGGAGGGUGUGAGUGGCGUUGUUGUCCUGCAGCUGUCUGUAGCCGUAUGUGUGAGGGUUGUAAGCGCCAUACGCUGCGGAGUAAUCGAAGUAGGCCGCUCCACCUGAACAAGAGAGACAGGCAGACAGGAAGACACGGUGCACUGGGGCAAUCCAUCCAUCCAUCCAUCCAUUUGUGUGUUUGCGUAGGUGGGUACAGUACAUGUGUAUGCGCCGUCAAUGCAGACGCCCGAGCAGCAGUCGGAGUUGUAGUAGCAGUAGGUGCCGCCAGUGACGCACGCGUUGGCGUAGUAGUCUCGGAGAUGGUAAUACGGAUAAUGAUAGUAGGCCAGGUAGGGAUACCUACACACACAUAAUGUACCCCAUACAUACCAACAGCACAACCCACCUUCAACACACACACCGACGCAGGCGAGACAGACAGACACCACACUCCCGACCCGACCCGACUCACCACCAGCCGCCCACAGAGACGCUGACGGACCAGCCAACAGCCACCCGCACAGGUACAGCGACAGGGUACCGGAACGCAGAUCCGUAGACGAACUUCGGGUAGCCUACAAAUGGCGGGCGGACCACGGGAGCAAUAUAUGGCGUGCGGUACAGUGGAGGCACGAAGGGUGCCCUCCUCGGGAAGUAGCGGACGGCGGGGCGGGCGUUCCACAGCGGGUCUCGGCCGAUCCCGAUGUUGAUGCUGAUGCCCACCUGGAUGGGACGUUCCCGCUGACGUAAGGCCUCGUCAGCUGCACACGUGCACACACCACACCACACCACACCACGCCACACAAGUGCACACAGACAUGUCUUAUAUGAUUCGCCUUGUCGUCUUGUCCGUACGGAAUAUGUCGUCCUUCCAUCCACCCGGAGGCCCUCCAGGCCUUCGCAGUCCGCCGCCUCUUGGGAGGCUGAUCCCAAUGUCUCGCACUGUGUCUAGCGGCCACUUGUUGUCGUUGUCCGGCAGCCAUCGAGGGCGGUCGAAUGGCCGCCCGUCGUCAUCGUCGCCGAUCAGCCAGCCGGGGAGGCCACCCCCCGGUCUGUCACCGUCAUUGUCCUCGUCUCCCACUCCAGGCAGAACGUCGGGAAGGUCAUCGCUGGUGCACGGAGAGAGAUCUUGUCUUCGUGUGUGGCGGCUGUCUUCACCUUGUCCUCCUCUUACCCAGGUCUUUCGUCGCCAUCCUGGUCUCCGGGAAGCCGAGGAACUAUCGGCUCCUGGUCAUCGUCAGGCCUGGUCGCGACACACGUCUAUGUGGGCAUGUCCGAACGGCGUCCGUCACUCAAUCGUGAACUCACCGUGGGAUAAUUGGUGUGUCGUCGUCGCCAGGCUGUUGAGGAUUUAUCGGCUGCAGACCUUCGUCAUCUUCAUCGUCCCCUGCUCCAGGGAGAAUGCCGGGAUUCUCGUCGCUGCGGACACAGAGCAUCAUCCGAGCAGCCUGUGGCCGCCCGACCUUGCCAUUUGCUUACCCUGGUUGUUCGUCAACAUCGUCAUCGUCCCGAGGUGUGAUGUCAGGUCGAGGCAGGAUCGGUCGGCGGUCCUCGUCUUCAUCGUCACCAGGCGUGAGAGCAGGGCUGUCGCUGGAGGGCACAACAUGCACACUUGGGGACCACCAGCAAAGAAGUGCAAAGCACUCACCCGGGAUUCUCAUUGGGGUCGUCAUCGCCCGGUGUCAGUCCCGGAAAGGGAAAAAUCGGCCGACGAUUCCUCUCGUCGCCGUCUUCAUCGCCUGGGCCAUCGACAGGCGGGCCAUUUCCCCCGGGCGGGAGCCUGCACACAGCAGCAAGGACACACCAUUGCGUGUGCUCGCUACUGCGCGGUGUCUAGCAAGAUCACCUGGGUCUGUCGCUGGCGUCGUCAUCGCCAGGAGUGACGACUGGCUGGUCUGGGAGGAUCUGACGAUCGUCGUCGCUCGGACUGCUGCUGCAUCGACGGCGAGUGGAGACAGCAGUGGCGCUAACGCACGUGCAUCUAUCGUCCCUUACGGUGGCGCGCCGGGCAAGAUGGGCUGCUGACUGUCAUCGCCAACCGGGCGAGAGAUCGGGCUACUACGUUCAUACGAACGUUCACACACCACACCCACACAGAUGCUCAUGUGUCUUUGUCUUGGCACGUUCCUGCUGUGUGUUUGUGUGGGCAGGGCACCUGGGGGGGCUCCUUGGAAAUCCCGGAAUGCCAAUUACGCGAGGGGGGUCAUCCCGUGGGGGUGCGACAGGGCUGAUGGGUCGGUCAGGGAGGGUGGGGCUGCAUAGCGUAGCAUAGCAAUGGCGCCAAGUCAAACAGCGUGUGUUCCAAUUCAAGGGCACUCCCUCCCACAGUCACCCAGCAGCAAACCAUCUAGCUCAGCUCACCGGUCAUCGCCCUCAUCACCUCCACCGAAUCCAGGGAACCUCGGCCUCCCGCUGCCGCCGCCUGAAAAGCAUCGGGGACAAAGCAACCCAUAUACACCUGAUAUAUAUACAUCUGCACCGGCUGGCAAUGACCUGGAAAAGUUGGCCGUCUUCCUCCGUUGCCAGGUCUGGGAAAACCCCCAUCCCUGCCACCGAACUGGCCCACAGCGGCUGCAGACGCACAAACAAACCAGACACACAGACAAGCAGAUAAAAGCGCUGCAGGACAAGAAGGGGCUGCUUUGUUACCCAACAGGAGAUUGGCCGCCACGACAACGACAACGAGAUGAUGUCUCAGGCGCCUCAUUUUUCGCGUGUCAGCCUGGCUGCGAGCGGACACACAACGGCUGGCCGGCUGGCGUUGGUCGAAGCGCCAAAGUGAGGUUCAGAUUUUUAUCGGCGCUCUGUUUCAAGUUGCCCCCUCAUUCUGGGAAUCUCAGACGAAAGGAAGGGAAACACACCGUAGGUGCCCAAGCACGUUGUCCCGUUG